AUGGCUCUUAGGACAUCUGCGCUUCCAGGGGAUUUUGUGAACUUUUACGCGUGGUACGGCCUCGUUCCCUCCUUUAAGGAAGCAGCAGAAGAGGGGUUUUCUUUGUCUUGUCUAGAUCAGUGGUUUGGCUGGAGAGUAGCAGGCAUUAACGCCUUCUGGUUGCCGAGAAUCCACCACGCAAAUGAAGACAUCAGCGGCGUGUGGCUGCAGAGUCUAGAUCGGCUGAUGCAGUGUCGGUUUAGUACGAUGAAUAGCCCACAAAGCUACACGUAUUGCCCAACACAGCCAGAGGCAGACCUUGAAGAACUCCUCCUGGCUGCUGCAGCGGCUCCCGGCCGCAGCAACAAAUCUUCCAGCAGCAACAACAGGACAGAGGCAGCAGCAGCAGCAGCCAGAGGUGAGCUGCCUUGGGAUGAAGUGCUGCUGCUGCUCCAGCAAUGGGCGGAGUUCAGGCAGCAGCAGCAGGUGCUGUGUGGCCAGUUGCAGGAACUGGUAAGGCAGCGAAUGUUGUUUGAUGAAGCUCCUGCAGCAGCAGAAGCAGCAGAAGCAGCAGCUGCUAAUUCUGCUGCAGCAGCAGAAGCGGAAUCAGCAGCAGCAAAUAUUGCAGCUGUCAGCGAGAAAAAUCCACUCAAGGCGUUGGAGCUGUUUGGCACGGCGCUGCUGCAGCGGCAACAGCAGCAGCAGCAGCAAAUGCAACGGUGCCGACAGAAGCAACAGCAGAGAUGCAGCAGCAAGGUCCUCGCUGCAGCAGCAGCAGCCUCUCCUGAUGCUCUUGAGUUCAUGUUGCUGCAUUUGGACGACCACAUAGAUGCAGCAAAGCGACAGAUUGCUGCAGCAGCAGCAGACUUCACCAGAAGCAGUAGCACAACCUCCGCUCAGCGCCUUAUGCUCCUGGCGCAGGCUGCUUCUCAGUCUGUCUUUCCCCGUCGUUUUGCUGCUGUAGCAGCAGCAGCUGCUGCAGCAGCAAAACGCAAAAACAAAAAUAAGGGGAAGCGUGCUGCGGCAGCGGCCAGUUCGUCAGUAGAGCAGCAGCAGCAAGAGAAGCAAGGGCAACCAAAAGAGCAGCAGCAACAGCAGCCUAAACAGCAACCGCAGCGAGAGCUGACUGCAGAAGAGGCAGCAGCAGCAGCAACAGAAACUGCUGAGCUGCAACAGAUUGCUGCUGCAUGCGACAGCCUCCUGCGUUCAUCAAAGGCUUACGCUACAUUUGCUGCUGCUGCUGUUGCUGCUGCUGCUGCUGCUACUGAGUCCGCAGAGGAUUUUAGUAUGAACGCGUACUGGAGAGAAGUAGAGGCGCUCCCUCCCCUUCAGGAGGCAGCAGCAAUUGCUGAGAGAGCAGCAACAGCAGCAGCUGCUGCAACAAAGAACGAGGGGAGCGUGGAUGCGUGA